GUCAUAAUGUGGUUUUUGCCCGCGAAAUGUCGGGCGAAAUAACCCAUCACCAGAUAACGAAAACCAACGUUGGACUUUCAGAGAGAGAGAGAGAGAUAUUUAAAAGGAGCGGCGAAGUAGGGAAUUGGGUCCGAAUACAACGGAGUUCGUGUGCGUUGUCUCUUCGGUUUCUAUCUGGAAUUCGGAGGUGUUUGGUGGUUGGAUUUUCAGAAAUCAGAUAGAUAGAGAGAGAGACAGAGACAGUCUGAGGAAUCUGAGUUCCUUUGUCGGAACGACGAUUCCUCGUUCAUUCAUGCCGGACUUUUAUUCAACCUUCUUCAUAAUCCUCAGUUUUGACGUUGAUGAAUCUGAUAACGACGAGAACCGAUCAGCGCAGUGGUUUAAAUGCAUGUCUUUUGAUGCCAAAUUCCAACAAACAUUUUCCUCUCCAUCACCUAAUCGAUCUCCGUCUAGGCGCGCGUCUACAUAACAUCCUUUCUUUCUUUCUUUCUUUCUUUCUUUCACGUUUCCUUGUUUUAUUUUCAUCUAUUGUUCCAUCUGCAUGUGUUUAUACUUUAAUUAUAUGAUUAUAUAUUUUCCAAAUUUGGUAUUUCAUUAGUCGAGGAUUUUUUUUAUUUUAUUAUUUGUUACUUUGAUUUUCACAUGACUUGCAUUUAGUGUUCCUUUAAUGGUUUUCAUGGCACAUUGCAAAUACUUAGCCUUAUUACUACAUCAUAAAGUCCAAGUACUGCUCAUUUUUUACUAAUAUAUACUGGUUCUUCAUAAAAAAAUGUAAUGUUGGUUUUUGGUUGAAUUUCUCAUGUUUCACAUUUACUAGAUUAUUUUUUUUCUACAUAAUGAUAUUCUGCAGAUGGCUUGAAAAAUCCAUAGUUUGCAUGUUUAUGAUUGUCUGGCCUGUUUGAAUCCUAACUGGGAAGAAGUUAUUGAAUUCUGCAUUCACCUUUCCUACAUACAUUUUUUUUUCCAUCUGUAAACUGCUGAUUGAUUUUUUAAAUGGAUUUGGAAAGAUGAAGCUUGCUCCAAUUUAAAUUUGGCCAAGUCUCCUGCAUUCUUUUUGUUGACAAUUUACUUAAUCAGUGUUGCUGGAAUGCACAGUAGGUUUUUUGUUUCACAUGGAGGUUAUUAUAUCUGCUGUGCCUGAUUAAUCAUUGAAGUUGGCACCUUAUAUGAAUUUGUUGUAAGUGGGGUUUGUAAAACAUAGUUGUCACAAUGGGUGGCUGUGCCUCAAAACCAAAUAUAAGUGUAAAUACGCCGAGGAAGUAUUUUCGUAGACGCAGAAAAGGCCACAGAAAGAUUUCCACUUCUAUUUCUGAUAUACCUAUUAAAGGGAUUGACGAUGCUGGAAAUCAUGUAAGCGACUUUGCUGUUAGUGAGUUUGUUCAUCUUGAUUUUGAGAAGGGUGCUGCAACAACCUGCAAGAGAUCUGAAGUUUCUAACAGGACAUUUCAUCUCACCCAGCUACAAUGGAACCAUAGUCAAAUCGAUGCAAAUGGAAUAUGCCAAGAAGAAGCAUGGUUUGACUCGGUUAGUAUUCUGGAAUCUGAUUCAGAUGAUGACUUUAGUAGUGUAUAUGGAGAUUGUUUUCCUUCAGUAGGUAAUGCAGCACAAUUGCUCCAGUACGAAAGUGCAUCCUGCUUUGUAGAUAGUGGGUGUAAGUAUGAGGGAUUUUAUGGAAGUUACCUGAAAAUAGACGGGGGUGCACAAAACUCAGGGGAGAAAACACAAGAAAACAAUGUGAAGUCUUGCUUACCUGGUUUGCUUCCUUCAGUCAGUUUCAAUGACAAGGGUCAACAUUUGUCAAGUCCCCCUCCACAAAGAAAGCAAUCUGCAGUUAUCAUGUAUUCUUAUAAGAGGAAAUCUGUUGAUGGAAAUGAAAAGACUGAAUACUGUUCAUCUGAGAAACUUCUGUAUCGUCCCAGAGGUGGAUUGCAGAUUCCAUGUUCAUCAGGAGAGAAGCCGACUCCAGGAUGCUGGUUUGCUGUCUCGCCUUCAGUUUUUAAGCUCCGUGGAGAGAAUUAUUUUAGAGAUAAACAGAAGCUCCCUGCCCCAGACUGCAGUGCAUACGUACCAAUUGGAGUUGACUUAUUUGUCUGCCCACGUAAGAUAAAUCACAUUGCUCAACACCUUGAACUUCCUUCUGUGAAGGCACAUGAGAAAGUACCUACGAUCUUGAUUAUCAAUAUACAGCUGCCUAUUUAUCCUGCUACAAUGUUCCUUGGUGAAAACGAUGGGGAAGGCAUGAGCCUCGUGUUGUACUUCAAACUAUCUGAUCAUUUUGACAAAGAGAUCUCUCCUAGUUUUCAGGACAGUAUAAAGAGACUUGUUGAGGAUGAGAUGGAAAAGGUUAAAGGGUUUGCAAAGGAGUCCCUGGUUCCUUUUAGGGAAAGGCUAAAAAUUUUGGCUGGGGUGGUCAAUCCAGAGGACCUCCAAUUGAGUUCCACUGAAAGGAAGCUUAUACAUGCUUAUAAUGAUAAGCCCGUACUGUCACGACCUCAACACAAUUUCUUUAAGGGACCCAAUUACUUUGAAAUUGACCUAGAUAUACAUCGAUUUAGCUACAUAUCCAGGAAAGGACUCGAAUCGUUCCGAGACCGUUUGAAGUAUGGCAUACUUGAUGUUGGCCUAACUAUCCAGGCACAAAAGCCAGAGGAACUGCCGGAGCAAGUCCUGUGUUGUGUGUGCCUGAACAAGAUUGAUUUGGUUAAUCAUAGUCAAAUACCCACAAUUGUAACUUUGAAAGAUGAUCGAUUUGGACAAACACCUGUGGAUUAAUGCAUUUAUAGCCAAGAAUUCCGGCAGCGGAAUAAUCAAGAACCAUAUUUUGUAAAAGUUGGUUCAACCAUGGCCUUUUUAAAUGAAAGAAAAAAGGGAACAAGUAAAACUGAAAAAAAUUCCUUAUUUUUUGGAUGCAGAAAUGAAUUUAUCUAAUAAUACUA